AUGACGCCUCAAAAAUCAGUUGCGGAGGUGCCUCGUUCCAUUCUUCCCCGUCUUACUCGGAAUGGCUCUUCUGCUCGAGCGACCACUGCACCCCCAACCGCCGCUCUUCCAGCGACGCGCUUUCAGAGGCAGCAAUCAGGCCGCUCCUGGAAUCAAGCUGGAUACCAGCUACACAGUCUACCUGGCCUCCCUCCCUCCGCUCUAUUCAACACCGCCACACCCCGCGGGAUUGGUCCUUCGUCAGCAACCGUAAGGCAUUUCGCCUUGGUCCGCCACUCAACCACCCGUCCAGCUGUACAAUCCUCCGGCAACCCGAUCCGCUAUGACGGGGUCUAUGUCUCUGUCUUCAAGCCUGCUCGACGGGCCUUUCAUGCCUCUGCUUCACGGCAACGGGAUCACCAUUUUGAUACACUGAAAUUUGUUCAGCGGUUAAAGGAUGAAGGGUUUAGUGAGGAGCAGGCUGUCGCGAUGAUGAGGGUUUUAAACGAUAUCAUCGAAGAGUCGAUUCAAAACUUAACCCGCACAAUGGUUCUGAGGGAGGACACUGAACGAUCGGCAUACACUCAGAAAGUCGAUUUCGCAAAGCUCCGCUCCGAACUACUCAAUGCAGACUCGACUGAAGCGCAGCUGACGCGCUCAUCGCAUGAAAAGAUUGCAGCGGACCUUGCCAAGCUCAACUCACGUCUACGUGACGAGAUUGGACGCACACAGGCGUCUGUGCGCCUGGACUUGAACCUCGAGAAAGGGAGGAUUCGAGAAGAAGCAAACGGACAGGAAAUGCGGAUAAAGGAGACAGAGACGCGGAUUGAACAGGAAGUUGCUGGACUAAGAGAGCGCGUGGAGGCCGUCAAGUUUUCCACGCUACAAUGGCUCAUGGGUGUCUGCACUGGUACCGCCGCGCUUAUUCUCGGUGCCUGGCGUCUAUUUAUGUGA